UCCGGCGACGAGUCCGGUGGACGGCCGUAGGCGCGGACGGAAUCGGGCGCGACCUCCCGGCCUUCGUCUCACCCCUCGCCUCGGGCGGGUGCGGGUCUCAGCUCCGACCUGAGGAUUCGUACGUUUUGUUGCUUUUGUGCUGCGUAAUGAGAUAAUAUGGUUGAGUGCACAAUGGUGUCAACUUUACUUGAUGGUCUUCCUAAUGAAGUUGCUCUCCAGUGCCUUGCACGUGUCCCAUUUAUAUCCCAUCCCGUUCUUCAGCUGGUUUCCCGCUCUUGGAGAGCAUCUGUUUGCAGUGGUGAGCUUCUGAAUGUUAGGAAUCAAAUUGGCGUGACAGAAGAAUUGCUAUGUGUGUUAGCAUUUGAACCUGAAAACAUUUGGCAACUUUAUGACCCUCUCCGAGACAAGUGGAUAACUCUCCCUGUCAUGCCGUCUCAGAUUAGGAAUAUUGCCCGCUUUGGAGUGGCCUCUGUUGCUGGAAAACUCUAUGUAAUUGGUGGUGGCAGUGAUAGAGUUGACCCACUUACGGGAGACCAUGACACAAUCUUUGCGAGCAAUGAGGUCUGGUCUUAUGAUCCUCUCCACCGUUUGUGGGCCCAGAGGGCUCCAAUGCUUGUAGCUCGAGCUAUGUUUGCUUGUUGUGCAUUGGAUGGGAAGAUAAUUGUUGCAGGGGGCUUCACAAACUGCCGCAAAUCAAUAUCAGAGGCCGAGAUUUAUGAUCCUGAAGCUGACACCUGGGAGUCCCUUCCUGAUCUUCGUCAGGCACACCCAUCUGCAUGCUCUGGUCUUGUCAUCAAGGAUAAGAUGCAUGUGUUGCAUAAAGGGAUAUCGACAGUUCAGAUUCUGGAAGAUGGUGGCAAUUAUUGGGCUGUGGAGGACUACCAUUGGCUGCAGGGCCCAAUGGCAAUGGUUUGUGGGGAGCUGUAUGUGCUGAGCAACAGUUGCAUUAGGAAGCAGCAUGGGGAGAAUACAUCUGACAAGAUGGUUCCAUGUGCAUCUGGAUUCCAAAGCAGGAUUGCAUUUGGGAUGAUUGGUUUAGGAGAGAGCAUAUGUUUGGUUGGGGGAGUGAUUGGGCCAGGGCCGAGAAAUCAGUGCAUUAAGCCACUGUCUGAUGUUGAUAUCUUGAAUGUCACAAGCGAGAGGCCAACUUGGCGACAAGGCUCACCGAUGACACGUUGUCGAGGGAGUAUCGCUGGCUGUGCUCUGCUGAAGAUCUAGGCUCAUUCCAGUGUGGCAAUGCUGGGAUCUUCCUGUUGCUGAAAAUUGCAGAUAGAUUUUAUUUAUUCUGCAUUUCCUUUAAUUUGUGAAAAAGGUUGUUACUUAUUUGGUUUUGAAUCACCUGUUGUAGCAUCGAGGAUAUAUGUUGGCCAUGACUCAAAUGCCAGUGUGUCAAAUCAGACAUACUAUAUUUGUCCUGAACGUAUGCACAUUUGGAAUUGAUAUAUGUUCCUUGCAA